GGUUUCAGGGGUGUUUCCAUCUGCGACUGCUGGAUGGAUGCAUAUUAGAAUAUCAUUACAGUCCCAGCUACACCUCCGUGCUUUACACCGGCGCCCUGUGUGAGAAGUCUGAGGGAAUAAUUGUGAAGAUGUACUUAGACUUUUAGAGACCAUAAUGAAGCCAAACAGUCAAGUGCUCAAAAACAGAUCCUCACAUGACACCGAGAGGGAAUUUGGAGGAACCCUGGGUGCCUUAUGCAUACCCAUCUUUCUUCCGCUGACGGUGCUGUUCCUGAUCUGUGUGAGUCGGUCCCCUGAGGCCAGUGUGCUCCAGAUUCCCCCUCCCCUCCCCUCUACUGAGCAGCUGUGGGACCCUCUGGCCCUCGUGCUUCUGCUGGGCUGGAUCGCCCUGCAUGCCCUCCUCUAUGUGAUGCCAUUAGGAAAGGUGUCUGAAGGAUUAGUGCUGAGGGAUGGAACACGUCUCAAGUAUCCUAUAAAUGGUUUUCACAGCCUGUGCAUCAGCGGUGUGUUGCUGAUGUUGUUACUGGGGCUCGGGGCUCCUCUGGGGUGUCUGUUUGAGCUGCUGGUGCCUCUGGCAGUGUGUGCAAUAGCCGUGUCCUUCCUGUUCUCCGUCUACCUUUACAUCCGCUCCUUUUGGGUUCCUUCUCAUGCUCUCGCUUUGGGGGGCAACACAGGAAAUCCCCUGUAUGACUUCUUCAUCGGUCGGGAGCUAAACCCCCGGAUUGGAAAGUUUGAUCUUAAAUAUUUCUGUGAGCUCAGACCGGGUCUGAUUGGCUGGGUGGUCAUAAACCUUGGCAUGCUGAUGAAGGAGGUGGAGCUUCGAGGUUCCCCCUCGCUCGCCAUGAUGCUGGUCAACAGUUUCCAGCUGCUGUAUGUGGCAGAUGCUCUGUGGAAUGAGGAGGCUGUCCUGACAACCAUGGACAUUGUGCAUGAUGGUUUUGGCUUCAUGCUGGUCUUUGGGGACCUGGCCUGGGUUCCCUUCACAUACGGCCUGCAGGCUGCCUUCUUGGUUGUGCACCCACAGGCCCUAAGUUCACUCGGAGCAGCAACUAUAAUAGCACUGAAUGGUAUCGGAUAUUAUGUUUUCAGAAAAUCCAACUCACAGAAGAACCAGUUCAGAAGAGACCCUACACACCCAAGUGUUGCAAGACUAGAGACCAUCGCCACAGCAACAGGGAAACGGCUGCUUGUGUCUGGCUGGUGGGGUCUCGUUCGUCAUCCCAAUUACUUAGGUGACCUCCUCAUGGCCCUGGCGUGGUCCCUGCCGUGUGGAUUCUCACAUAUUCUGCCUUACUUCUAUGUCAUAUAUUUCACCAUCUUGCUGAUUCACCGAGAGGCCCGUGACGAGAGACAGUGUAGGGCCAAAUACGGACUGGCGUGGGACACCUACUGUCGCCGUGUCCCCUACAGGAUCUUCCCUUAUAUCUACUGAACAGGAAAGCAGAUGGUUGGAUGGGACCUAAACUGUCUCACAAUAUCCUUAUGACUCUUCAAGUCCAAACUUGGCAAUAACUUGAAAAGAAAUCCAUUUUCAGUUAAACAGACCACAAAUAAUAUCCGGUGCUGUUACUGGGAAUCUACUGGGAGCUCCCAAUUGUAAUCAGCCUUGAUUCGUCAGGUUGCAGUUCACUUACAAAAUGGUGUAUAAUGGAUCAAUAUUUCUAAUUCAUUUGAAUUUUGACUUUGAAACCUCACAGGAGUCUAAUAUAGGUACACUCAGUCUUCAGACACGUGUCUCUAGUUCAGCUAAAAACAUUCCAUCAUAAAAGGCUAAAACUGUAGUACGUCUGAAAACAGUCUUGGCCUUGUGAUUCUUUAUCUCAUAAAAAUGAGAAUGAGUAUUUUUAUCAUGCUUGUAUUUUUACAAUGUCUGCUUUUUUAAGUGUGUGUAUCUGUGAAAUACAUUUAAAAUAAACAAAACAUAAAAAAUAGACAGACAGUGAAUCUCACAAUGAUAUUGUGUUGAUAUGGGGGAGCUCAAAUGUUUGUAUGAAAAUUUAAAUCUGUGCCUUUUUAAGCCUGUGAAGAUGGCAGCUAAUAGAUGUGUCAGUUUUAAUAACCUUUUCCAACUUGUUAUCAUCGUCCUGUUAAAAUGGAUUCUCUUUCCAGCUUGCAGGCCUCAAUAGCACAAGUUCUCUGAGUCUCUGGGCUGUUCUCUCAUGGCUUCAGCUUGAAUACGCUCUCUUUCAAAUUACUUUGUAGGGACAAAAAGUACAUGGGCUGCAUUGGUACAAGUAAAUGUCAGUCUGACUCAAGGGCUCCU